CCCCCCCCCCCCCCCCCCCCCACACGCGCACGGCCUCAUGGCCGCCGACGCGGCGGCUGUCCGCGGCCUCCUCGCGCUCGCCGUCUCCGUCGCCGUCGCGGUGCUCCUCCGCCCCGGGGAGGCCUCGGUGCACGAGUACAGCGGCCUCGGCUUUCUCAACAAGGGCAAUGCCUUCAUCCUCCACGCCGGCAGCGAGGGCCUCUAUGCCCCCGCUUUCCCCACCAAUGCCACCGCGGAGGACGAGGAGGACGACACCGCGGCUGUGGCCGACGCCUUCAUUCGGUUUGACAAGAUUACUUUUAGGAGACCAGAGGAUGCUGGGACUAAUUCAGCAAAGGUUCAGAUAAUUGUCUUUGAGAUAGAAGACCGUGAAAUGAUUGGUGGAUCCGCAUAUGGAGGUCAGAAAGCAAUUUGCUGUACAUCCGAUCUUGCAAAGUUAGGAGCUUGCAUCGAAGGCUCCGUCAUCUACCGCCCAUCACAGGUGAACCCUGGCUGGCCACAGCUGCUUGUUGCUUCUUUUGAUGGAAGUGAUCUGAUUGCAACACUACCAUCAAGGACCAUUCCCAUAAGAAAAACCGGGAUGUACAAUUUGUAUUUUAUACACUGUGACCCGUCACUUGCUGGGCUGGAGAUUGAGGGGAAAACUAUAUGGAAAAAUCCUACUGGGUACCUUCCAGGUCGGAUGGCACCUCUUAAGAACUUUUUUGGACUGAUGUCUUUAGCUUUCGUUGUACUUGGUAUCUAUUGGUUCUAUCAGUACAUGAAGUUCUGGCGGGAGGUUCUUCCACUUCAGAACUGUAUUACUCUUGUCAUUACAUUGGGCAUGCUUGAGAUGGCAUUAUGGUAUUUUGAGUAUGCUGAGUUCAAUGAGACUGGAGUUCGGGCAAAGGCGAUCACAUUUUGGGCUGUAACAUUUGGGACUGUUAAAAGAACAGUUGCUCGUCUUAUUAUUCUUAUUGUCUCAAUGGGGUAUGGAGUUGUGAGGCCUACUUUGGGUGGUCUGACAUCAAAAGUGGUCAUGCUUGGAGGAACGUUCUUUUUAGCUACAGAAAUUCUUGAGCUGGUAGAAAAUCUAGGUGCUGUGAAUGAUCUAUCUGGAAAAGCUCGGCUGUUCUUGGUCUAUCCAGUGGCUAUUUUGGAUGCUGCAUUCAUUGUUUGGAUAUUUAUUUCUCUAUCCAAGACCCUUAGCCAACUUCAGGCAAGAAGGUUGAUGGCCAAACUUGACAUUUACAGGAAAUUCACGAUUGCAUUGGCUUUAACUGUUCUGGUAUCUAUUGGCUGGAUUGGAUAUGAGAUUUACUUCAAAUCAACAGAUGUGUUCAAUGAACGGUGGCAGUAUGCAUGGAUAAUUCCUGCUUUCUGGCAUGCUCUAUCAUUCUCACUUCUUUGCGUCAUCUCCUACCUGUGGGCACCUUCCCAGAGCUCAAUGAGAUUUACCAAUGAUGCAAGUGAAAAGUUUGACCGAGAAGACAGCCUAUCAUUAAUAAGACCAAGGCCCAUAGUUUCCAAGAAUGGUUGGAAUCUAUCUGCCUCCGGAGAUGCCAAAGCAACAAAGAGCAUGACCACCGUAACGUCUUUUGACGAAGACGACGAAGAAAACAAAAGGGAAUAAUGCAUCUGGUGUGGGAGAGAACAUUCCACCCACACCAGAUCCUUUGAAGUGGAUGCUAGAACAUUUUUGGUAUUUAGCAGAGGAUCGGCGGUGCUAAACUCUAGUCAUUGGGAUACGUCCAUGGAGGUUGAAGUUCAUUUCAGGCUAUUUUUUCACACGGUGCAUAGGGCUGUUUGCACCGCUGUAUGGAUGAUACAUGAUAGGAACAAUUCAUCUGUGGUAUUAUGAGGGAUGUAGAUUUCAUGUUGCUUGUAGUUUAUGUGAACACGAAGCGUGUCAGAAUGUCAGUAGAAAUGAAAUUGUAUUGCUUGAAUGUUGCUGGAAAUCUCCUUUACAGCCCGUUUGGCAACCAUCAUUUCAUUUUAUUUGGUAGAAAUGAAAUGAAAUCUAAUUUUUGAUA